GCAUAUGAAUUCUCAGUGAAUCUUUUCCACUGGCAGGCAGGAGAGCAGGUGAUUGACUGUCAGAGGGAGGCAGCGGUAUUUCUACACAAUGUGGUUUCCAGUGGAAAAUGCUGGCGUGUCCCCUCUCUCCUCCAGGCUGGAAAGAGAACAGCCUUUCUCCCUUCAGUGUGGGACAGGAAGCAGGCAGCUCAGGAAGGCUUGAAAGGGCAGAGGACCAGAGUGAAUUUGCCCUGCUCCCUACUUCAGACAGGCUAAAGAGAGCGGGAGACAGUGAUGAAAACCAGCAGAAAGUGCCGGGCGCUGCUAGCAGUCUCUUUAAACCUAGUGGCGCUGCUUUUCGCCACCACCGCCUUCAUUACCACGUACUGGUGCGAGGGCACUCAGAAAGUGCCCAAACCCAAUUGCAACAAGGAGACCAAAUCCAACUGCAUCAACUUGAAUCGCACCGGAGCCGUGAACAGUUCCAAACCCGACCAGGUUCACUACAGCUGGGACACGGGCGAUGAUCGUUUUGUCUUCCGUUAUUUCCACACCGGCAUAUGGUACUCCUGUGAAGAAAACGUCAGUGGUAUCGGUGAAAAGUGUCGGAAUUUUAUUGAUCUGGCUCCUGCCUCCGAGAGAAGUGUUCUUUGGUUGUCGGUCAUCUCUGAAGUUUUAUAUAUCGUGCUUUUAGUUGUUGGCUUCAGCCUGAUGUGUCUUGAGCUCCUUCACUCAAGUAAUGUGAUAGAUGGCCUCAAACUGAAUGCAUUUGCCGCUGUCUUCACUGUUCUUUCAGGGCUGCUCGGAAUGGUGGCUCAUGUGAUGUAUACUCAGGUGUUCCAGGUGACAGUCAGUCUUGGACCAGAGGACUGGAGACCACACUCCUGGGACUACGGCUGGUCGUUCUGUCUCGCAUGGGGAUCAUUUACUUGUUGCAUGGCAGCCUCUGUCACCACACUGAACUCAUACACGAGGACAGUCAUCGAGUUUCGACACAAAAGGAAACUGUUCGAGCAAAGCCUCAGAGAAGAGCAGAUGUUCAUUGAUCGGGAGGCUAUCAACUAUUUUAGAGAACGAUCGAUUCAAUCCAUAUCCAGUUCAGUCGAAGUCUUUGCAGAUCCUGCCACGAGCACAGCUAAAUCACUUGUGCCAGAUCCAUUGGACUUGAGUGAAAUCCCAGAAGUGUUAGGAGAGGACCAAUGUUAAAGCGGUUUUUAUUGUCUUCCAUGCAACUCUGAUGCCUGGGAGGCGUUCACUGUAAACACUAAUUCACAUGUACACUGAAUAAGCAGCAAGAUUAGACUGAACUGUCCCUUUUGUCAGUGUACAUCACCCAUGUCAAUGUUUAAACUAUUCGAUCACUGGCAAACCAUACGACAAUGUCAUUGUGGAUAAUGCUUAGACCUGUCAACAAUUUUUUUUUACAAUUUUAAGAGGGAUAUGUUAUUCUAAUGUGAAAUUUAUUUACACCGCUCACCACAAAACCUCUUGAUGUAAAUGCCAAAAUCCAUCAUUCCUAUAAUGCACACCAGAAUUUUUAUUGUUCAUUCAGAAGUAACUAUACAACCUUCUAAAUUCCUUUUGUUGAUUUGCUGACUGAUUUGGAAGCACAGAAUUUGGUUUUAUAUUCUGAAUAAUUGACGAUAAUAGUGUACCUUCUAUUUUUUGUGCAAAAUAAUUAUUCUAGUUGCUUAACCAACCUUUGUAUUUGAUUCAUCUUUUUAGUCAAAUUCCUGAAGAAUAUUGUUCCCAGGUUACACUUCAACACUGAGAUUGUUGUUUUAUAGCAUUUGCCUUAGGACAGAAUGGCCAUGCACAAUUGUCGUAGGAAGUAAGAAGGGUCCAUAAACCUGGGAAAAUAAAAACCAAAAACACCAACUUCUGGAAAGAAGUAGCCAGAAUACUGUUGGAGGAAUAGGCACCCUUUGGUAAUGUGAGCACAAAUCCAUUAGUAGCUUAAUUAUUUCAGCAAAUAAUUAAAGUAACUGGCUUCAUCAAUGAAGAGAGACCAAUAGAUGUCACUCUAUUGAAAUCAGCAAAAAAAAAGCAGAAAAGUGGAUUUGGUCUGUGUCACACUGACAUAAAAUCAGUCAUAGAAUCUGCCCAGUGUGGAAACAAGCCAGUUGGCCCAUUCCGAAGAGUUUCCCAUCCAGAUAUACCCCAUGCUUGUAAUUGUACAUUCCCCAUGGCUAAUCCACAUAGCCUAUGCACUAUGGACAGUUCAGCAUGGCCAAGCCACCUAACCUGCACAUCUUUGGACUGUGGGAGGAAAUAGGAGCACCCAGAGGCGACACAGAUAGUCGCCCGAGGAUGGAAUUGAACCCAGGUCCCUGUGAUGCAGCAAUGCUCACCACUGUGCCAUUCUUUUACAUCUGGAUCACUCCAUUUUGACUUUGCUGUCAUCUUCAAGGUCUUUCAUCAUGCACAGGUUUAUUUUCCAUAAAAGUGCUUUGAAGGCUGUGCAGAAAUGCUACCAGAGAUAGUUAACGCCACAGUGAGUUAGACUAAGAUUUUAAAACCAUAGUUAGAUUUAUUGGGACAUGAAAUGAAAGCCUAAUUUCUGCCGGCCCAAAUCCACUGGAUAAAAAUAUUCAUCAUUCUAAUUAAAUCUAGAAAGCCAAUAGUCCCUCAGAAAAGACACACCAAUGUUCAGUGUUGAGAAAGUUUAAGUCACAGCAGUAAAUAAUGGCCUGACGGGGACUGGGGGAGAUAAUAGGAAUUCUAGUCUGAUUUUAGCCAACGACUUUGACCUCAAAAAGUAUGACAUCAAAUUGGAGUGUGUACUCAACAAAAAUGCUAUUUUGUUUUACAUCUUAAUUUCUCAGCUUAAUAAAUAUAUAAAAAAUAAUUACCAUUUUAAACAUACAUAUGCAACUUCAUUCUGAUGGUCAGUCACUGGGGUCGAGGUGUUAACUCUGUUUUCUGUUCACCGAUGCUGCCAGACCUGCUGAAUUUCUGCAGCAAUUUCUGCUUUUGUAACUCUAUAGCUUUCACAAAUGCAUAUGGAGCAUUUGAACAUGAGAUUAUAUGGUGGGACUGUGAUAAAAUAGCUGAACCUGUUGAGGAUCUGCCAACAUCCAUGAUUACUCCCCACAACAAACUGCAACGCACAGAAUUGCCUGCGGGGCAGGUGAGUCUGCAAUUUAAAAAUGUAAACAGCCUAUUAGCCGCUUCUUAGACACAGGAGUCUCUAUGUAACAUAUGUGCAUGUAAGAAAAUAGGACAGUCAAUAAAUUAGUGUUUUCCAGAAUACCUAUUGCGAGACUCUUCAAAAAUUAGCUGCUGCAGUAUUGACGUUCCCUCUCUGCAAAGGUAGAAAUCAUUCCUAAUAGUUAGCAAACCACAAAAGGUAGAGAUAUCUCUAGACAGCGUCACAAAAAUAGCACUUGCUGUAGUUUAGUCACUAUAUUCCUGAACUAACACAAGGUGCCCUGCACACCCACUUAUCCCUAAGUGUUUAGAAAGGAUCUUGAGUGGGAGAUGGACAGAGAGAUCAUCCUUACAUUUUAUGGACUAUUUUCAUUUGAUAGAAGAAUUCACACAGGUGGUCGGUACGAAAGUAAACUACAUGCCACCAAAAAGAGGUGGACCUGGGGGCACAGGACAAAACCAUCCUCAAGAAGAAAAACUAAAGAAAGUGACUGCAGUCAGCAAAUGAUGAAAAACUGUUACCCCCAUCAGCUCAAUCCACAUUGACUGGCUGUAUCCAUUUGUACAUUCUCCGGAAGCAUUAAACAGUCUGCAUACCUUUUCUCUCUAAUUAAUUAAUGCACCAUAUAUAAAUUCUUGCUUCUUAAUAAACCAGUGUCAAAUUA